GGCCGCGCCGGGGAAGGCAGCGCUCCGCCGCCGGCUCGGGCGCCGUCCGUGCGCCCCGAAGCAUUGUUACCAUCGGGGGUUUGCGACCCCCGGGCCGGCCAUGAGAGCGGGCUAGGACGGACCCUCCAGGCGCCUUUUUCCCCCCACCCCUGGUGGGAAGUGAGAGCAGGUUGAUUUGGGGUCCGCGGGGCUCAGAACCCCCCGUGGCAAAGCCCGUCCUCUCUCCCAUCCCUCUCCGGGAGCGUUGGAGGAGCUGGGCGGGCUGUUCUGGGCUGGCGUUUGCUCUGAAUGACCGAGCUCUCCCAUUCAAGACCUCGCAAUCUCGAAGCAGGCGAGAGAGCUUUUUUUUCUUCUCUUUUUUUUUUUUUUUUCUUUCCUGUCUUGUCUUUUCCCCCCCCUCUUCCUUUUUUUCCCUGCUGCUCCUCCGAUUUAGAAGCAAAUCUCGGGGGCCGCAGAGAGAAUUCGUUUUUCCGCCAUCGUCAUCGUCGCUAUUAUUAUUAUUUUUUCAAUCUUCCUCCUUUUCCCGUUUUGGAUCUUAACCCUUUGAUCUGUUUCCUUUAAAAGACUCUGAUUCCUAACUCCCAUCAGGGGGAGAGGGAGGAGAAAUACAGGGAAGGGAAAAAAAAAAGCCCGAGCGAGUCGCUGCCCUCAGCUGUUGGCCAGGUUUGGUGGGGGACAAAAGUCCCUUUAAAAUAUUGAAUGUCAGUUGCAAACCUAAGAAAAGAAAAAUCUGAUCCGGAGCGCUAAAUUUAGGAGCUUUAUAUGGAACUUGGACUCUGCUGCUGGAUUUUGUAUGGAUUUUUUUCAACCUUUGGGAGGACAGACCCCGGCGUCCGCCCCUAGACCGCACUGAGCGACCGAAGUGGUUGGGGGGAAGCGUCGACAGAGCUGCCGGCAGAGAUGGCCGAGAAUUGGAAGAACUGCUUCGAAGAGGAGCUCAUCUGCCCCAUUUGCCUGCAUGUCUUUGUGGAGCCGGUCCAGCUGCCCUGCAAGCACAACUUCUGCCGGGGCUGCAUCGGGGAGGCGUGGGCCAAGGAGUCGGGCUUGGUGCGGUGCCCGGAGUGCAACCAGGCCUACAACCAGAAGCCCAACCUGGAGAAGAACCUGAAGCUCACCAACAUCGUGGAGAAGUUCAACUCCCUCAACCUGGAGAAGCCCCCCUCAGUCCUGCACUGCGUCUUCUGCCGCCGCGGCCCGCCGCUGCCGGCCCAGAAGAUCUGUUUGAGGUGCGAGGCUCCGUGCUGCCAGUCCCACGUCCAGACCCACCUGCAGCAGCCCUCCACGGCCCGGGGGCAUCUCCUAGUGGAGGCGGAGGACGUGCGGGCCUGGAGCUGCCCCCAGCACAACGCCUACCGCCUAUACCACUGCGAGGCCGAGCAGGUGGCCGUCUGCCAGUUCUGCUGCUACUACAGCGGGGCCCACCAGGGACACUCGGUCUGCGACGUGGAGAUCCGCCGCAAUGAGAUCCGGAAGAUGCUGAUGAAGCAGCAGGACCGCCUGGAGGAGCGGGAGCAGGACAUCGAGGAGCAACUCUACAAGCUGGAAUCAGACAAGCGGCUGGUCGAGGAGAAGGUGAACCAGCUGAAGGAUGAGGUGCGCCUGCAGUACGAGAAGAUGCACCAGAUCUUGGAUGAGGACUUACGGAAGACCAUGGAGAUCCUGGACAAGGCCCAGGCCAAGUUCUGCAAUGAGAACGCGGCCCAGGUUCUGCACCUCAAUGAGCGCAUGCAGGAGGCCAAGAAGCUCCUCAGCUCUGUCCAGGUCAUGUUUGACAAAACUGAGGACAUCAACUUCAUGAAGAACACCAAGUCUGUGAAAAUCUUAAUGGACAGGACUCAGAACUGUACAGGUGGCAGCCUGCCCCCACCCAAAAUCGGCCACCUCAACUCCAAGCUCUUCCUGAACGAGAUCGCCAAGAAGGAGAAGCAGCUGAGGAAGUUGCUGGAAGGUCCUCUGAGCACCCCCGUCCCCUUCCUGCAGAGCAUCCCCAUGUACCCCUGCACCGUCAGCAACUCCGGCGCGGAGAAGCGCAAGCACUCCACCGCCUUUCCCGAGGGCAGCUUCCUCGAGCCAUCGUCCGGGACUGUGGCGAGCCAGUACAUGAGCCAGGGUGCUUCGGCUGGCGAGGGGCAGUCCGCACAAGCCAUGGUGCCUUGUAGCUCCACGCAGCACAUAGUUGGACUUCCUAGCGGCCCGCAGCCGGUACACUCGGGCUCCGUCUUCAACCCAUCUCACUACCCCAACACCACGUCAUCUCAGCAGUCUGUGCUCUCCCAGUACGGCGGGCGCAAAAUCCUCGUCUGCUCCGUGGAUAACUGUUACUGUUCCUCGGUGUCCAACCACAGCGGGCACCAGCCCUACCCGCGCUCGGGGCACUUCCCCUGGACAGUCUCGUCGCAGGAGUACUCCCACCCGCUGCCACCUGCCCCCGCCGUGCCACAGUCACUCCCGGGACUUGCCGUGAGGGAAUGGAUUGACGCAUCCCAGCAGCACGGGCGGCAGGAUUUCUAUAGGGUCUACGGCCAGCCAUCGGCCAAACACUACGUCACCAGUUAACCGUCACACUCUCCGGAGAGUCCCGCUCGAUGACGUGUUCAGAGAGAAAAGUCUGGUUUGGUUUGGCUUUUCUUUUUUUUUUUUUUUCCCCUCCUUUUAAAUCAAACCCGAUUUUUUCCCUGCCUCACACCCCUCCAGGAUUUUGGGGAGGGUUGUUCUAUCAUAUCUCCUUUUUUUUUUUUUUUUUUUUAAUCCUUUAAAAAUGAAAUAAUUUUUUUCAUUUUAAUGCCUUUUUUUAAUUUAAUUUUGGAAGUCCUUCCUGCCCCUCACUGGGUAAACACAAGGGAGAAAUUACCGAGAAGAAAUUGAUGGGGAUUUCAGUCGGACAUCUGGGUCUGUGCGUUGUGCUCUUCCUCGCUCCUCUCUGCCUUUGGAAAACUUCAGAAGGGACAAUGGCACCUUCUCUCUUUCUAUUUCUCCAAGUUAAUUUUUUCUGGUUUGGUUCAGUUUUUCCCCUUUCCCCACCCCUUUCUUUCCCUUUUUAAAAAGAAAAAAAAAGAAAAAAUCUAUCAUUGAUUCAGUAUGAAAUGAUACUUGUAGAUUUUGGGUUUGUUACUUUUUUUUUUUAAAGGCUGAUUUUUUUUUUUUGUGUUACAAGGCCACUUCUCAUGCAUAUUGGCAUUUUUUUCCUUCUUUCAGAGAUUUGUAAAUACACAAUGGCAGGAAAUUUAAUGCACAAAAAAAAAAGGGAAAAGAAACUUUACAAAAAACCACAAAUAAAUAAAUAAAAAAAAAUCUGUUCUAGUUUUCAGGAGGGGAAGCGUGAUCAAAACGCACUCCCCUCCUGCAUAUCGCUGAUGCAACUUCCUGUAACAAGCACUUUGUAUAAAAAAAAGUGGACUUCCUGCUAUAAGGCACAGGUAUUUAUUCUGUAACCAAUUUUAGACACACACACACACACAUUCACACACACACACACACACACACACACACGCAAAAUAUUCAAAUAAAUGUGAUCACUUAGUGCAAAUGCCUCGCUCUGCUGCAGCUCUUCCCCCGGGAACGCCAGCUCCGGCGGGAGGCUCCAACCUGCUUUGGGCAGGAAACGCUGCCCAGUCCCGACGAUGGCAGGGGUUUUCCAGAGGGGCUGUUCAGGAGGGAGCAGCUCAGCCAUGGGGCAGCAGUUGGUCCCAGAUGCGGACAGGGUCCCCUCCAGUGCCUGGGUCCUGUCCCAGCCCCGUGGGAAGGUGUGCUGGAGAUGUGGCUCUCCACCAGCUCCCUCCCAGGCAGCGAGGAUGUGAGUCAGGCACGGAGCCGGCCAGGCCGCAUCCUGCCCAUGGGCUCCAGAACAAUCCCCAUUGUGGGAUGGGGACUGGGCUGGGGACAGCAGCUUUCCUGACUCUGCCAGCAUCCACCAUUCCAGCCAUGCUGCUGCCCUGGAACCCAGCCCUUAAGCCUUCAUCCCCACUUAAAGCCCUGCUGCCCCCUGGGGCUUUGUGGGUGCUGGAAGCACCCCAGGCUGGUUUGGGGACCCUCUGUGCUCAGCCAAGGCUGGGAAGGGCAAGGAGGAACCUUUGUCCAGGACGUGCAGUGGGGCCCUGGGCUGGCCUGGCUGGGGCUGUGCAGGGGUCAUCUUCGUCUGGGGAAAAUGAAGCUGCCUUCAUAAAACAGCAGUGUCCUAGAGGCAGGAGGGGUUUUCCACUGCUCUCUUCAGGUUCAGCUUGCUUUAUUUUUUCCUUGGUUGCAAAACACCCCUGGUUUAGUUCCAUUUUGAAUUCCCCUUGUGCUACUUUAGUGGGAACUGGAAAGGGGAGAAAGUCUCAGUGAGCUGAAACAGGGGAACAGUGGGUUUGAGGGACGGGGACCCUCUGUCUAACUCCUCCCAUUCUAUUCCAACAAAGGUAGCAGCACAGCCCUGGAGAAGUUCCCAGGCAGUGUUGGGUUGGGGUACCUCCUGUGUUCUUGUACACACAGGCUGCAGAGCCUGGUAGCUCAGCCCUGCUAUCCUGCUGGGUUCUUCUCAACCCUGCCCUGCUCGGGCUCUUCAGGAAACCCCCAGUCCAUUGGGAUAUUUGGGGAUUUGCUUCUCAGUCAAAAGCAAAGCACUCCAGCAUGGCAGGAGGGAGCAGGAUGCUCUCAACUUUCACAGGGGUCCCACGAUGUCUCCCCUUCAUAUUCACAGGGCCGGCUGCUGGGGGGUAAAGAAGAACCCCGGGGUGAUGAGGAUACAGGUGAGAUGAGUGAUGUCCCUCCCUGUGGAGGAGGGUCCCCGAUGCACAGCCAGGGCCACCCCCCACCCCAGGGUACUCCCCAGCCAUGGCCCCUAUGCUUGGUGCCUCUAGGUUUGACUGUCCAGCUGUCCUCCUUAUCAUCAUCCUCUUCCUCCUUGGCACAGCUGCCUCCUCCUGUGAUAGCAGCAGUAGCUGCCAGCCCAGGCAUUAAAGCACCUGUCACCUACUAAUGGGGGGACACAGGCACAGCCCCCACCCUGCAGGGUAACCAACAAAGGUUAGGACUCUCCCCAUCAUGGGCCACACUCACCCCACACCUUCACUGGAGGGAUCAGCCCCAAAAGAGUGGGUGCCCAUGCAGAGCAGAGGGGCCACAGCCCCUCUAUUUCACCCCCAUCCAGGAAAAGUCUCCUGGUGUCCUGGGUGCCUCAGCUUCCAGGACCAUCAGUGCUGUCAAGCCCCAUGUGCUGCUGGUGGCAAGGAGGAAAGCAGUGGCCUUGUGGGAUCAACCCAUGGAGCAGGAGGAGGAAUGUGUGCCCGUGGCUGUUGGGAUAUUGGUGGCCUGGGAGGGGAAGCACUGAGGCUCGGGGGCACAGCAGGGUUUUGUUGAUGGAUGGCUCUGUCCAGGGGGUGGGGAGAGCAGGGGGAGCAGAGGCACAUCCAUAAACAGCUCGAGUUGUGAAUGGAAAGAGACGGAUUAGGAGCCAGGUGAAAACAUGUCACAUGGCGGAAAGAAAAAUGAGCAGCUGGGAGAGACCAAAUUGGUGUCUGAUGAAGGACAUGGGGCCUGGUGGAAAAAGGAUCCCAGAGCUGGCGGUGCUGCACGGGGGAGGCUGAUGGGGAACAGCUGGAGCUGGACACGCACAUCUGGUGGAGCAGGGUGGGGGGAGAGGCAAUGGCUGGUGGCACCAGCCACUGCACUCAGGGCACAAGGCUGUGGCUCAGCCCUUGGAUCGGCAGGGUAAGAGGGGCUGAUGCUUCACAUUCAGGGUGAUCCUGGGAAGGGGCCACAGCCCCGUGGUCCAGCCCUCCGCAGGGAUUUACCCAGUGGGUUUUAGGCUCUCCUGUGCCAAGGGGUCCCCAGGUGGAGGAGCCACUGCCUCUUCCUCCAUUUGCAUACAUGUAAAUAAGCAAUCAACAUAAUGAGGGCGAAUGCAAACCAGGCUUUCAGUUUUCAACCCAGUCCUAUUUUUAACCUUGGAGAAGGGUUUCAGCAGGAAGCUGCAGGCCCUGCCCUGGUAGCCAUCAGUACAUCCGGCUGUGUGGGUGCUCACACUGAUCCUCCACCCCAAAGCACCGCUGACCCCACGACCACCACUGGGUCAGUGCCUGUUGUGCUGUUCCCGUUACCAAAGCAAACAGAAAUCCAACAUCUUUGUGGAAAGAUGGACCACACAACAUCACACCCUGCCUCGCAGGAGCCUUUUUGGGCAACUCUCCCACUCACUGAGCCCCAGGUCCCACUUUCAACCAGGGUGAGAACCCCAGGAAAGCCCUCACUGCCUUGGGAGAGAAAGCCCCAGGCUUAAACAUGAGGGUAUAUUUAGACAGUGUCAAUUUAAGUUUGCACAUCAACUUUAUAAAUACGAAAGCCCAUCUCCACGAGAUGUUUAAGAUAACUCAUCACCCCUUGGAAAAUAUGCAGGAAUAUUAAUUAGCCAGAUUUGGGUAUUAUCUCAUAAUGAAUAAAUGAACACACCGUCUAACAUGAA